AUGGAAGAAUACUUAAUGACUCUUGAUUCACUGAUAGAUGUGGGCUCUCAUUCCCUCUCCGUCGAGAGCUUCAAGUUUAAAUGGACACUAAAGACCACUCAGGACUGGUCUAUUCAUAACAAAUGUGCAAGGGUGUUCUUGCAUAGUAGACUUGAUCCUUGUUUCUGGUACUUUCUCGCUAAGGUCUUGUUUAAAUCACAGCUAGAGAAAAAUAAUGUGGAACACCAACUCAGAAGAGAAAUUGAAAUCCAGUCUCAUCUCAGGCAUCCCCAUAUCCUUCGCCUUUUUGGUUAUUUCUAUGAUAAGACAAGAGUAUAUCUUAUCUUAGAGUAUGCUCCAAAAGGUGAACUGUACAAAGAGUUGAGUAGAGUUGAGAGAUUUGAUGAGAAAACAUCCUCAAAUUAUAUUCGUCAACUAGCACAAGCCUUAAAGUAUUGUCACUCAAAGAAAGUCAUCCAUAGGGACAUCAAACCAGAAAAUCUUCUACUUACUCUCAAGGGAGAUUUGAAAAUUGCUGAUUUUGGUUGGUCAGUUCAUGCUCCUUCAUCAAGGCGAACAACACUAUGUGGAACACUGGAUUAUCUCCCACCUGAGAUGAUUGAAGGAAAAGCACAUGAUGAGAAGGUUGACCUUUGGAGCCUUGGAGUGCUGUGUUAUGAAUUUCUUGUUGGAAAGCCUCCCUUUGAAGCUGAUGGUCACCAUGAAACCUAUCGCAGAAUUUCAAGGGUUGACCUCAAGUUUCCAAGUUAUGUAUCUGAAGGGGCACGAGACCUAAUUUCUAAGCUUCUGGUGCAUGAUCCAAGCAAACGGCUUCCCCUUGGUGGUGUGCUUGCACAUCCUUGGAUAAGAAACAAUGCACAGGCCCCAGAAAUGCAAUCUACUUGUAGUUAUACAGCAACAAAGCAUUAGUUUCACACAUUCUGCAAAUUUAUUAAUAGUUAAUGUAAAUACCAUAGUAUGUCUAUAAAAAACUUAAUUUGUAUAGGCGGGAAAGUUUAUUUUUGCUGAAGCUGUUUAAUUAUGUGCCACUAAAUGACAAAUGAGACUGGCAGUAUGUCUUUAACUUCAAUGAUAAAAAAUUCAGCACUGCAGAGUCAUUUUAAGACAAACAUCUUUACAAAAAAAGGCUUCUAUUAGUUAGUUUACCUUUAUUACAUUUACAGUAUGUGCUCAAUUUCUCACUGGCUAAAGGCAAUGACAUUAUUGUAUUGUAAAAUAAACUUUUUCCCCAACUUCACUACAGCCUUUAAAAUGGAUAUUAGUCAGUGCAAUUACUGUAACACAAAAUAUAAUGUGUUUGUGUUAUGUGGUAAAAUUCUUUAAUGAACCAAUUAAAGUAGUUAUUAGAGAUCCUAGGCUACAUUUCAUUUAUCACCUUCUUGCCUAGUUUUUGGGAAACUAUUGAAAGUAGAGUUUAUCAUUGACUUCACAGGUGGAAUUUUUUCUAAAAAAAAAAGUGCAUGAGGCUUUUUCCAUUCUUUGACCAAUAUUAAUAAAUCUUGUUUGGAUUUGUUGCAAACCAGUACAUUUGUAAUAAUGCAGUGACUAUUUGAUGUAUUAAAAUGUUUCCAUCUGCCAA